AUGAAUCCAGCAUCUAAUAACCACAUUACAGAACCCAGAGAUCUGGGAAUUUCAAGUGCCAAUUCCAAUGGAGUUCAUUCAGCACAAAGGAAGGUUUUGUCUGAGUCAAAGUUUCAAAGUGUCUUGCAUAGCCCAAUUAUAACAGAACCAUCAGCUGCAUUAAUAGGUCAUAAGCUCCCUGAGGUGUUUCAACUGAAACAUGGAAGCUACGCUGAUCUUCCUGCUGCAAAAAUCUCAGAACUGAUGACAUCAUCUUGUUUGGAUAAUGCUCCCACUCAAUCGCUUCUGAGUGUUGUCAAUGGUAUCCUGGAAGAAAGUGUUGAGAGAAGAAAUGGCGAAAUACCCCAUCGUGUGGCUUGCUUGUUGAGGAAAGUUGUCCAAGAGAUUGAGCGGCGUAUAUCAACUCAAGCAGAACAUUUACGAAAACAAAACAAUCUUUUUAAGGCUCGUGAAGAAAAAUAUCAAUCAAGAAUCAGUGUACUUGAGGCUCUUGCAUCUGGAACCGGGGAAGAGAGUGAGGUUGAUGUUACAAGCCAGCUUCAGCAGCUAAAGACUGAGAAGAUUAAAAAGGAAGAAAAGAAGAAGGAAGAUGACAAAGAUGUUAUUAGACUUACUAAAGAGCUGGAAGACAAAAACAUGGAAAUUUCAACAUUGAAGCAAGAACUAGAAACGUUGAAAAAAACAUAUGAAGUAAAAUGCUCACAGUUGGAAGCAGAAGCAAAGGAUGCUAAAGGAGAACUGAAACAGAAAUCACAAGAAACUGAACAGAUAUUGGAACAAUAUAAAAAUAAGGUUAAAGAGAAAGAGGCUUUUACUGAGUCAAAAUAUCAGAAGUGGAAAAUGAAAGAGAUCCAAAUGCAAAAAGCUGUUAAUUUCCAGCUUAGUUACCUACAGAAAUUGAAAAUGUCAUGGGAAUCCAUUAAGCAAGACGUUAUGAAAGAGAAAACGGUUUAUGCUGAGGAAUGUAAUCGAUUAGGUGUAAAUCUUAAAUCACUAGUAGAUGCAGCUGAGAAUUAUCAAGCAGUUCUUUCAGAAAAUCGAAAAAUGUUCAAUGAAAUUCAAGAAUUAAAAGGAAAUAUUAGAGUAUAUUGUCGACUCAGACCAUUUCUUGCUGGACUAAAGGAAAAACAGUCUAUUGUGGAACACAUUGGUGAAACAGAUUUGGUUGUGGCAAAUCCCUCCAAACAAGGGAAAGAAGCCCUUAGAACAUUUAAGUUUAACAAGGUCUUUGGUCCAACCUCAACUCAAGCUGAGGUGUACUCUGACAUACAAGCCUUUAUACGAUCAGUACUCGAUGGGUAUAAUGUAUGUAUAUUUGCUUAUGGCCAGACUGGUUCAGGGAAAACUUACACAAUGAGUGGUCCAAAUGGUGCAACAAACGAAAGUGUUGGUGUUAACUAUCGAGCUCUGAAUGAACUCUUCAGCAUAUCCACAAAUAGAAAAAGUUCCAUAGUCUAUGACAUUGGGGUUCAAAUAAUUGAGAUAUAUAAUGAACAAGUGCGGGAUUUGUUAACAAGUGAUGGUGCUCCAAAAAAACUUGGGAUAUUGAACCACUCUCAACCAAAUGGUUUAGCAGUGCCUGAUGCUAGCAUGUAUCCUGUCAAAUCAACUGCAGAUGUCAUGAAACUAAUGGACAUUGGUCUUAAAAAUAGAGCCAAGGGUUCCACUGCUAUGAAUGAAAGAAGUAGCCGUUCUCACAGUGUGGUCUCAAUUCAUGUUCGUGGAGUGGAUAAGAAGUCUGGUUCUUCUCUUCAAGGUAAUCUUCAUUUGGUAGAUUUGGCAGGAAGUGAAAGGGUAGACCGCUCUGAAGUAACUGGGGAUAGACUUAAGGAAGCACAGCAUAUUAACAAAUCACUAUCUGCCCUUGGUGAUGUCAUUUUUGCACUUUCUCAAAAGAGUGCCCAUGUACCAUACAGAAACAGCAAGCUUACUCAACUUUUGCAAUCAUCUCUUGGUGGUCAAGCAAAGACACUCAUGUUAGUCCAAAUUAAUUCAGACGUAAAGUCAUUUUCUGAAUCUCUGAGUACUUUGAAGUUUGCUGAGAGGGUUUCUGGAGUUGAGUUAGGAGCUGCACGAAGUACCAAAGAGGGCAGAGAUGUCAGAGAAUUGAUGGAGCAGGUGGCUUCUCUCAAGGACACUAUUUUGACAAAAGAUGAGGAGAUUGAGAGGCUACAAUUACUUAAGAAUCUGAAAAAUGGUUAUCCUGGUGGCAAUUCUGAGAAGCUUGAAACUUCCCCCGAUUGA